GUCAGGAGUCGGUCAGUCUCUGAACGCCGCCGCGCGAGAGAGAGCCAUGGCGGCCGCACUGUUGCCAGAGACGGCGUCGCGGCUGCUGACUCCGGAGACCCUCCGAACGGCGGCCAAGCAGUCUCAGGGCAUCCACCUUGUCCCCAUCUCCCUCCGCCGCGCCAUCAAGCGCUACCUCCGCGACCAGGACAAGACGCACAUGCACCGAAAGGUGCUGCUGCUUUCGUCCUCCUUCGAGCGCGCAAAGGGCACCGGUGCCGAGCUGGCUGCGGCGUCAACCCGUAGCGCACUCCUCGACGACCCCCAUGCGCCUGCGAGUGCCGAGCAGCGGACUGCACGGUGGAAGGUUCAGUCCUCCUACGGAGAUAUCGGCCUUCGGUACCGCGAGGAUGAGACGGUCGCGUAUGUCGCCUCCCGCAUGCCUGCAAUCUACGCCGCAUGCCACCGCGUGCUCCGUGAGGUUCGUCGUCGGUCUCCAGGUUUUGCACCUAAGAACGUGUUGGACUUUGGAGCGGGGCCAAGCUCAGCACUUUGGGCAAUGAGGGCAGUGUGGCCGAAGUCCAUAGAGAGGGUUAAUUUGAUCGAGCCCUCCAAAGAAAUGCAGAGAGCGGGACAGACCCUUCUUGAUAAUUUGAAGGGAUUGCCACUUAUCCACAGCUAUGAUAGCAUCCAAGAGUUGAACCGCAGCAUCGAGAAACAUGAGCGACGUCACGACCUUGUAAUAUCAUCUUACGCACUUGGGGAGAUUCCUUCAUUGAAUGACCGUAUAACAAUUGUGAGGCAACUUUGGGACCUAACAAAAGAUGUUUUGGUUUUGUUAGAGCCUGGAACUCCUCAAGGGUCAAAGAUUAUAAGCCAAAUGCGCUCAUAUAUCCUUUGGAUGGAAAAGAGAAAGUGCCGCAAGAGCGAAAAAUCUACAGGUGCUGCUCCAAGUAAAAUGAAGAGUAUGGUUCUUCAAGAAGAUUUGCUGAAAGAUGGUGCCUUUGUGGUUGCCCCGUGUCCUCAUGAUGGUCGGUGUCCGUUGGAGAAUUCAGAUAAAUACUGCCACUUUGUUCAGAGAUUGGAGAGGACGUCAUCACAGCGUAUCUACAAGAGGUCAAAAGGUGUGCCUUUGCGUGGUUUUGAGGAUGAGAAAUUCUGUUAUGUUGCUUUAAGAAGGGGCAAGCGACCAGAGGAAGCUUGGCCACUUGAUGGAAUGAAAUUUGAUACUCUUAAAGAACGUCAUGCCAAGAGAAGCCCAGAAGAUCUUAUCAUUGACUAUGACGAUCAAUUUCCAAGUGGGGAAGAUGAAGAAGCUCCUGACAGCGACGAGGACAGUUUGGUCCCAUAUGCUUCUGAUACACAAGAACUAAGUCUAUUCCAUGAGAGUGGAGAGGAGGAAGAGGAACCCAUCCGUGCUGAUCUUGGAGGAGGCUGGGGCCGGAUUAUAUACAGCCCCAUUCGAAGAGGAAGACAAGUACAGAUGGAUGUUUGCCGUGCCACCAAACGGGAUGCGUCUGAAGGCGCGUUCGAGCGUGUGGUGGUCACACAAAGCAAGAACCCUGCUUUGCAUCUUCAGGCCCGGAAGUCGCUUUGGGGUGACCUUUGGCCAUUUUAGGCUACAGAUUCUUCAAGCUUGGUUGUAGCCACAUUUUAGGGGGCUCCCAGUCUGUUCAACAGUGGACUCGCUCGGUGAAAGUAGAAUCUGGCGUUAGUGGUAACUUUUGUUUCAUCGGUAUUUGUUUUUGAAAGGUUUUGCUUCUUCCAUGCAUUUAUAUAUUUGUAACGGAGCUAGUCAGCAAACCUCAUCUCAAUUUCUUGAUAUCAGGUAUGUGCCGGAGCUCUGAGGUUGGAACUCUGCAUCAUUGCAACGCUGUUCGCCAACAAUGUAACUGCUUACCAUCAUUGGAUAAUAAUAACAGCCAACAGCCCAGCACCUAAUAAUAUCAAAUGUACUCCCUACGUACCUUGUUUUGGUACAGAGGUAGUACCUCCUAAUAUUCAUAACAUCCUAUUUAUACGAUUGAGCUUGCGUGAA